AUGAACCCUUACGAAACCGACCCCUGGGAAAUUCCCUCCAACCGACUUCCCCACCACGUCAAUUCCCAGACAGCAGCCUCCCUACGAUACUGGGCCUCGGUUCUGAGUCUCUGCACCGAAGAGAUCCGAAUGUACCCUGCUGAUGAAGGCGGGCGCGAUGUCUUUGCUCUAGGUAGCGUGAUCGUGAAGUCCAGCCAUCUGCACGCGCGUAGGGAGAAAAGUCAAGGUGCAGAAAUUGACUACUCAUACACCGAUGCAAAUGAAUCUCAAGCGAUUGCUCUGGCAAAGACCGUUUUGAAAGAUGUCAAAGUUCCAGAGAACUAUUUUGCUGGCAAGAUCAACGGUCACCAGGUGCUGGUCCAGGAAAGACUUCCGGGUGUGGGGUUAUGUGUCGCUUGGCCGUAUCUGUCUCACAGCCAGAGGCAGUCGUAUAAGGAACAGGCUAGGAAGAUACUCUACCAUCUUCACACUAUCAAGCCUACUACGGAGGAACUUGGAGCUCGCACUCAUGUGGUACCGGAUCCUCAUAUACUCAGUACCAAUAGUCGGAUCAGUCCGUUGGAAGCGGAUAUUCUUUUUUCAGCUGGCCAGGAUGAUCCAGAUAUGAGCUUCAUGCAUAACGAUGUUUCCCAGUCUAAUUGCAUUGUGAACAAUGAUACAACUGUUGGACUUAUCGACUGGGAAAUGGCUGGCUUUUUUGGCUGGAAGUCGGCUGGAGAAGUCCACCGUCGUAUUAGAACUCCUCAACGAGAGCAUUUAUCAAUGCCAAUUUGUCGGACGAACAGCUUCAGGGUAUGA